ACCGCCACGUUAAGGAUACAACUCUUCCGAGGUGGAGAGGGCUCUCGCCAGCCCUGACUGCUGCUGAAUCCGGAUCCUGCUCCUCCUCCCAGAGGAGGUCUGCCCCCCGGCUUGCCUCCUCGCUCACCCCCUCCUCGCCCCCGACUCCAGCGACUUCCACCCCGGUAUGGCCUGCCUCGAAAGCGGAAACGAUCCAAGGCGAUGUGGCUCCGUUCCCAAAAGGAUGGCCGGGGGCUGCUUUCGGAUAUCGAGCUCGAAGGCAUCCGCACGGAGGGCGGGUGGGACCGGAACGGCUCUUUGGGUCGGUAGCUGCUGUGUCCCCUGAGGUGGCCUCGCUCCGAAGCGUGCCGCGAGCGUGAGAAAUUCCUCAACUGCUGCUGAGAAGAGGACGACGACGAGGAGGAGCCACCGCCUCCGCCAGAUCCACCGCCCCGGGCCGGGUGAGGAGGCCUUCGCCGCGGAUACGGUAACAGCCCGCCGCCGCUGCUGCUGCUGCUGCUCCGGCUCCGUAUCUGGCUGUUGUUAUCGUCGUCGCUGAUUUCCCCAUCUUCUAGCUCCCCUUCUUCCUUGGGCGAGAGGCCACUGGAGGCCGGGGCCGGAAUAUCUGCGGUCGCCAUCCCGGGAGCAGUGCCUUCCGCACAACCUUAGCCCUCUGUCCGGGGAUCCGCCCGACAAUUGCCUUCCUUCUCGGUUCCCUUCUUUUCUAACGGACCCGGUCGGUGCGGCCUAACCCUACUUGGACACCUAGCGGGCUUUGCUCCCCAACUUCCCCGCACCCCAGCUCUUUCUCGCCGGACCGUCGCAACCCAGUUCCCUUCCCUAGCGCCCCCUUGCUCCUCCGCGCUCGGGGCUCUUCCGCCUCGCGAGAAAGGGACUCUGGAAGCGGCUCGCCCAUGACGUCGCUUCCUGCGGCACGCAGGAAACAAGGCUUCCAGUUCACGCGAUAAUAAUCAGAACAACGCGAUUUUCAGUGGGACUUGUAGUCUUUCUGUUCUCUCUUCGGGUUUGUCCUUCCAACCUAUGGCUCACACCCACCCUGGGCUCCGGAUUGGGAUAUCAGGGUGUGUGGCGGGGUGGGCGGGCCCGUUCUUAAUGUUGGCCACAAGAGAGUUUCAUAGUGAUGGGGGGAGGGUGAGAGACACUUUUCUAGUUGCUCUGAGGAAGGCUGCCAAAGAGACGCAGUAGUCCCACUCCCUUUUGGGGGCUGGGAAGGGGUGGCUUGUGUCCGCCAUGUUGGUGAAGGUAAACGACGGAGACCGGAGGUCCAGGACUGUCUGCUCUGCUGGCUGAAGUCCGCCAUAUUAAUAAAGAGACAGAAGGUUGACACCAUCCCCCCCUCAAAAUACACACACCCCUUUUUCCCACCCCCAUUCCCGUUCCCACGACUCUUCUAGCUGGGCCCUUCCCUUGCCUCGCUUGCCUAGCCUUUGCGCGAAGGAAGCGUAGCAGCCAGCGCCUCAACAGGCUUAAGACCGCGCCGAAUGAGGGGGAAAGGGAAAUGCCGACCAAUUGCGCCGCGGCGGGCUGUGCUACUACCUACAACAAGCACAUUAACAUCAGCUUCCACAGGUUUCCUUUGGAUCCUAAAAGAAGAAAAGAAUGGGUUCGCCUGCUUAGGCGCAAAAAUUUUGUGCCAGGAAAACAUACUUUUCUUUGUUCAAAGCACUUUGAAGCCUCCUGUUUUGACUUAACAGGACAAACUCGUCGACUUAAAAUGGAUGCUGUUCCAACCAUUUUUGAUUUUUGUACCCAUUUAAAGUCUAUGAAACUCAAGUCAAGGAGUCUUUUGAAGACAAACAACACUUGUACUCCAACAGGACCAUCUAAUUUAAAAUCAAACAUUAGUAGUCAGCAAGUACUGCUUGAACACAGUUAUGCUUUUAGGAAUCCUAUGGAGGCCAAAAAGAGGAUUAUAAAAUUGGAAAAAGAAAUAGCAAGCUUAAGAAAGAAAAUGAAAACUUGCUUACAAAAAGAACGCAGAGCAACACGGAGAUGGAUCAAAGCCACAUGUUUGGUGAAGAAUCUGGAAGCAAAUAACAUAGUACCUAAGGGUACAUCAGAACACAUUUUACCAACUGCCUUAAGUAGUCUUCCUUUGGAAGAUUUCAAGAUUCUUGAACAAGAGCAACAAGCUAAAACGUUACAAAUUCUCUAAAACAGACUAAGAAUACCUUCGUUUAAGAUUAGCUUACAUAGAACUUGAUGCUCAUCCUUCAUUCUCUUCAAACGCAAAGGUAUUUAAGGAAAUUAUGCCAAAAUUGGGUAUUUAAUAAAGUUUUACUUGAACUAACAGCAUUACUGUAUAAUUUAAGAUUUGAUUAUAAAAAAAAUGGAAACUUUUUAUGAAAAUUUUAUUUGAAAAAGAAUGGAAGUGCCUUACAUGAGAAUUAUGUACUUAAAAAUUUUGUUAGGGAAUUGUAUGUUUGCAAGGUGUUUUGUGUUUUUAUCUUUUAAAACUACUUUUAAAGAACCAUCUAUGACAAUGUGUUUAAUUUAUAUUAGAAAAAGUGUUCUUCCUAUACCAAUGUUAAGAUACUACAUUCUUAAGUGGAUGCUAAGUAGGAGUUAACCAACAUUCAAUGACUUUAAAACUGCUUGGUUUUGUAUUAUUAUUGGCACUGUGAUUUGGAAAUUUUAUAGGAAAAAAAACCCGAGAUACAAGGCAAGUUCUUUUAUUUAAACUUUCUGUAUCUGCUUACCAAUAAAAAUGAGCUAAUCAUGGCCUCCCUCAUAAAAGUAUUAGCUUUUCAAAUAGAUUGUAAAAUAUUUGAAAAUAAUAUUUUGAAUAUGAAGUACCCUGGAGUCAUCCAAGCAAGGUAAGGCUUCAAGUACCUCCAACUAGUUAAAACUGGUAGCUGGUUAUAUCUUGUGAAGUAAUGCAGACAUCGUGAUCUAGCUUUUACCUUAAACAAAACAAUAAAUCUAUUUUUCUCAUAAUAAAAAUAUUACACAUUCAA